AUGCUCGUGCCACCACAGCCGGCCACCAGACCGUUUUCCAGAAAGAUCGCCUUCGUUACAACACUCCCGUGCAUUCGAAUCAUAGGUUUUCGCGUCUCCAGGUCCCAUAAUUUGAUGUCCCCUGAACAAGUGAGGAUCUGCUGUGUAAGGCUUGGAUGGAACCUGAUCCACGAAAUAGGCUUGAUUGUAUCGUUGGCCAGUUCCGUUACUGGCUCACCGAACUUGUCCGUCGAGGCCAGAUUCACACUGAUCGUGGACCGGUCCAAACACGAACUCAAACAAAGAGCCCCUGUUUUGGAAACAGCCAGUGCAGUAACCGGACGGUUCGCUCCUAAAUACUUUAAAGUGACACAGUUGCGGUCGGCGAUCGCCCUCCCAAAACAGAAGAAAGACACCCUCCUCAAACUGGGAUUGCGCAAAAGACACCAGACGGUGUACCACAAAAUAUGUCCGCAACAGGCCGGUAUGAUUGCCGUGGUGAAAGAAUUGGUCAAGGUGGAACUGAGCGAUGAGAAGUUGUCCAAGGAGGAACUCCACCAGCAGAGAAAGUCUAACCCCGGAUUCACGAUAGAAAGAGCCACAGCCUCGCCUUCCAACGCCCAAAAUUGA